AUGGGUGUUAAAGAUAAUAUAAAUGCGGAUCUAUUAGACGAUUCGAAAAAAGAAAGACAAGGACUUGAAUUAACAGAAGAAAGAGUUCUUGAUGAAAAUAUAAAUAAAAUUGAUAUACAAGAAAAAAAAGAAAAUGAAGAAAUAAAUAAAGGAGAUAUAAAUAAUGACAAUGAAGAAAUUAAGAAUUCAUAUAUUAAGGAAAAUUUAGAUCCAUUAAAUGAUAAUAAAGGUAAUUCCAAUGCUAAUUUGAACGGAUUAAUAACUAAAGAACAUAUCGUUUCAUCGAUUUCACUAUCUGAGGAGUUCAGUAUUUCUCAAUUGAAUUCAGAUAACAAAAAUUUAGAAAAUACCUUAAUUAGAGAGGACAAAGAAAAUAAUUUGAAUAAUGAAAAUACUCAUGUUAUUAUUGAUAAAGAAAAAAAUGAUGUAGAUGUUCCAUAUAAUGAAAUUAAAACUCUGGAAAGUUUUUCUUUAAAUGUUAACUCUAAAUUCCCUAUUUCCCAAAAAAAGAAUAAAAACACAGCUAUAAAUGAUGCUCCACUAUAUAUUGAAGUUAAGGGACUUUUGGAAGUUCUAAAUGCUCAAGAUUUUGCAAAAAAAGUAAAUAGGAAAAAUGCAGAUUUAAAUGUAAAAGCUCAAAAUGCAUUAAUUAAGAAACGUUCUUAUAGUGUCCCAAAUAAAGCAGUUGCAAAAAAUAUUCCAAAGGAUAAUCAUAAUAUGAAUUUGAAGAAGCAGAAUUAUAAAAGUGUAUCUCUUCAAAAAAAUUCAGGAUUAAAUAAAUUAGCAAGCACACAAAAAAAACCUUCUAUAUUUACUAAACCUUUAUCAAAUCCUCCAAAAACAUUAAACAAAAUUCCUUAUAGCAAAAAUGAUGUUAUAAGAAAACCAUUGGAAAUGAAUAAAGGUGGAAAGGGUACUUUUAGAUAUUUAGAAAAAAAAAUACCUAGCAUAGAAGAUUCACAAAAAAUAAAUUCAAAAGAAAUUAUUAGAUCUAAUAUUGCAUCUUUUAAAGAAAGUCCCAUAGAAGAAAAAGGAAAAAAUAUGGCAGCAAAGAUGGAGAAACAUUCUCUCAAAUUUUCUCCUAAAGUUAUACCUUUGUUAAUGAAGGAAAAAAGCAUGAAACAUAAAGCACCUCCUAAAGGCACUAUAAAACAUACGCUAGAAUAUUUAAAAAGAGCAGCAGAAUCAAGAAUGAAAGAAAAUGAAUUAUAUAAAUCAAAAAAAGAUAGCACACUUAGUUCAAGUGAAAUUAGAAAAAAUUCUGUACCAACAAGGAAAAUUGAAACAAAACCAAAACUACCAUCAAAAUUUAACCCCUUAAAAAAAGAGUCCGUUAAAAAGACAAAAACAAAUUUAGAUGCAAAAAAAGUUUUCGUGAAAAAGCCAACACCUAAAAUUGUACAACAGAUGAAAACUAAAGAAAAAGAGAAGAAAAAAAAAAUACCAACUAAAUUUAUGAACCUUAAAAAAGAAAAAAUAUCUUCCAAAGAUAUAGAACAGAAGAAUAAUUUAAAAAAAAAAGAAAGCAAAGAAUUUAAUAAAUCUAAGAUAGAAGGAAUUAAACAUCUAGAAAAGAAGAGGGAAGAAAUUAAUAAAGAAAAGAAAAUGAUGAGUAUAAAUGAUAAGAUGAUAGAAGAAAAUAUGGUAAACAAAGAGGAAUUUACAAUUGAUAAUGUAGAGCCUGAAACUGAAAGAGAGAAGACAAUAGAAGACAAAAAUGAAUCUGAACUGGAAAAAUAUGAGAAAAAAUUAUAUGCUUUAACAGAAAGCGAAACAGAAAAAGAAGACGAGAAAUUAUUUGAAAUAAAAAAAUUGGAGAAAGAAAAAAAUAUCGAUGAUAAAGAAAAUUUUGGAUAUAAAAAAGACAAAAAUGAUGAAAAUGAUGAAAAUGGUGAAAAUAAUGAAAAUAAUAAUAAUAAUGUUGAGAAGGAUUCAUUCAAUGAAAUAAAUAAAGCAGAAGAUGAAAAACAAAAAGAAGAAGAAGAAGAAAUUAUAUUGAAAGAUGUUGGAAAUAUAAAUAAAGAAAGCGAAUUGAAUGUUUCAAGAAUAUCUGAAGUAGAAAAAGAAGAACAGAAUGUAGAUGUCCAAAUAGAACAAGACAAAUUGAAUGAUUCAAAAAAUGAACAACAAGAAGUAAAUAUUACCGAAAAACUAGAAGGGGGAAAAGACGAAAAAAAAAUGGACGAAGUAGUGUUAUUGAAUAAAAUACAUAAUGAAGAAAAUAUUUGCGAAAAUAAGGAACAAGAAGAAUUAAUUCAAUUAGUAAAAGAGAAAACAAUGGUAGAUGAUAUAAUAAAAGAUGAUACUAUUACAGAUGAUAUAGUAAAAGAAGAAAUGAAAAUAAAUGAAAUAGAGAAGGAAGAAAAUCAAAUUGAUAAAGUAGAGAAAGAAGAAAUAAAUAAAGAUAAUAUAGAAAAAGAGGAAAAGACAUUAGAAAUAGAAAAAAAAGACGAAAUAAAUAUAGAUAAUAUCACAAAAAAUGAACGUAUUAUAGAAAACAAAAAGAAAGAGUCCAAAAUAAAAUUAGGAGAAAUGAAAAAGAAAAAAAUAGAUACAAAGAAAAAUGUAGAUAUGAAAAUGGAUAAAAAAACAAUAAAAAAAGAUGAUAAUACAAAACCUGCAUUAAACAUAAAACAAAAUAUCAAACUUCCAUUAGGUCCAAAACAAAAUGCUAAAUCUACAUUAAACUCAAAACAAGGUGUAAAAUCUUCAUUAAGUUCAAAACCAGGUGCAAAAUCAGUUCUAGGUAUAAAAUCGAAGACAACCAUGAAAAGUAGUGCAACAACUUUAAAAUCGAAAACAUUUGUUAAUGGAUCUUUAAAAGAAAGAAAGAAUUUAAAAAAUGAUGUAAAAACUGGAGAAUUAGCAAAAGGAGGCAAUAGUACUAAUAUGAAUAAAAAUAUUCCUCAAAAGAAAAGCUUAUUAUUUAUGAAAAAGGCAACUAUAGGUAUAAAAAAAAAUUCGGUUAGUAAAAGUGGUGUAAAAGAAGCAGAGGGAGAAAAGAAAAAUUUAGGAAAAAUACAAAAAGAAUCGUCUCUCCACAAUGAUAAUAAUAAUAAUAAUAUUAAAGAUACGAAUGAAAAUAAAAUUGAUAUGGAUAAUAUGAAUGAUAUGGAUAAUAUGAAUGAUAUAGACAAUAUGACUAAUAUGGAUAAUAUGACUAAUAUGGAUAAUAUGAAUGAUAUGGAUAAUAUGAAUGAUAUGGAUAAUAUGAUUGAUAUGGAUAAUAUGAAUGAUAUGGAUAAUAUGACUAAUAUGGAUAACAUGAAUGAUAUAGAUAACAUGAAUGAUACUAAUAAUGAUUAUAAUAAUAAUGAUCAGUUUAAUGUAGAUGAGAAAAAAGAUAUAGAAGAAGAUAUACAAAUAGAUAUACAAGAAUAUAUUAAAAAAGAUGAAGAAGAGGAUUCUCUUGAAAAACCCCUUUCCAAAAAAGGACGUUCCACAUUUUCUAAAACUUCUGUACCUGCUUUAAAUAAAAAAAAGAAAAAAACCUUGAGUAAGUUUAAAACGGUCGAUGUUAAUGGAAUAAAAUUAAACAAGAAUAAAACAAUAGGUUCAUUAAAUUCUGUAAACACUAAGAACACAAUGAUACAAGAAAAAAUAAAAAAGAAGAAGAUGGAAGUAAAGGAAAAUGGCUUAAAUAAUAAGAAAUCAUUAAGUUCUAGAUUAUUAAAAUUAAGUACAAAAUCAAACACUUCUUCUAUAAAAAAAAUUAGUUCUCUAGGUGAUAAGGAUAAUAAUAAAACAAAAAAAUCAGUUUUGGGAAAAAGCGGAACCAUAAUAUCUAAAGGAGUUUUAGAAAAAAAUAAAGGAAUAAAUAAUAGACCAUUAAAAGAAGCAAAAUCAUUUAAGAAAUUAAAAUCUAAAAGUAUUAAGAAAACAAUUUUGAAUGAUAAUAAUUUAAAAGAUGAAGAGAAAUCGGUUAAGAAAAUUGCAACAGCUCAAAAUAUAACAAAGAAAAUAAAAACUAUACCUUCCCAAAUGAAAUUUGAAAAGAAAAUGAGAAAAUUAAAAUCAGAAAUUUUACACAAGGUAACAGGAAAUAUAAGUAAGAUUAAAGAUAAAAGAACAGUUAAAAAAAAUAAAGAAAUGUAUUAUGAUGAUAUGAUGGGAAAUAUGCAAAAUAAUAAUAAAUAUGAUAAUGAUAAUAAUAAUAAUAAUAAUUAUAAUAAUAAUUAUGAUGGUUAUGAAGGUGUUGUUAAGAGAGUAAAUGUAGGGUUAUCAGAAAGAUCUUUUAGUAAAAUCAGAACAUUAAAAGGAAAAAAAAAUGAUUAUAUAACCCCAAGAAUAGGUGCUAAUAUUAAGCCUAAUAUUAUGAAUGUGAAAUCUAAUGUAUCAAAUUCAGGAUCUUCAGAUAAAGGAUCAUCACGUUCAUUAACUACCCCACCAUCAACAUCUUCUAAAAAAAGCAAACAAAAUAAAAGCAGAAUGGACGAUUUAAGUAUUGAGGAGAAUUUGAAAGAGAAAUUAAUAAAUUUAAAUAUUCAGAAACAGUAUAGUGGUUUACAUAUGAAAGAAAUAGAGGAACAAAAUAUUCCUGAAUUAAAUAUUCCACAACUUUCAUCUAUUCAUAAUAGAGAUGAUAUACAUAAGAAUGAUGAAGAAAGAAGAUAUAGAAGUGUUGGAAAUAUUGGAAUAACUAAUUUGAAUGAAUUAUCUGCAGUAUUUGAUUUUAGCAGUAACAACAACAUUAAAGGGGUUACUCGUGAGUCUUUAAGAAAUUUGUCACUUCAAAUGAAAAUGGAAUCAUCUAAUGAAUAUAAUAUAACAAAAGUAGAACAAACUUCAGAUGUUAAUACAUUAUAUAACCAAAGUACAAUGAUAAGAAAAGAAAUGGAAACAAAAGAAAAUCCUUCUAGUUGGUUUUUUGGAAAUUGUUGUACUGCAAAUAACAAUGAGUAUUUCUAUGAAAGACAAGAACCAGUUGUGCAAGGUUCAAGUUCCUUAUUUAAUGUGAAUAACAAAUUUAUUCCAUAUAACCCUAAUUCUGAUAUGUUACACAUUUCUAAUAAUACUAUAAAAUUAUCGAACAUAUAUGAAUCCGAUGUAUUUUCCAAUAGCAUGCAAAAUAAUCUUAUAUUGAAUAAUCAAAAGAGCUCAGGACAAAAUAUGAAUAAGACUAUGCUAAAUAAUAGUUCUUUGCGAUUACAAAAAAAAAGACAAUCUUGUAGUGCAACAACGAAUUAUUGUAAUUGCAUUUGA